GCAUAGUUUAACAGAUAUGGAAAGCUAACCUAACCACACACUCCAGUCUUCUCUCUCUCUCUCUCUAGAUCUCUAGAGUUCUCCUCUAUGUACUGUUUUUCCAAUCCUACACAAGAAAACUAUCAGAUGAACGAAAAAUUUCCACAAGAUCUUCUUUGAUCCUACCACUACAGGCUUCUCUUUAGUACUGAAAUUGUUAAGAUCAAACUCAUCAAAGAAUAUGAGAGCAGGUGAUUGGACAGCACAACAGACUCUCACUUCAGAGGCUGCAACAAUCGUUAAACAAGCCCUAGCUCUAGCCAGACGGCGUGGCCAUGCCCAAGUGACCCCUCUACAUGUAGCCACCACCAUGCUUUCUGCUUCGACCGGCCUUCUCCGAACGGCCUGUCUUCAGUCCCACUCUCACCCCCUCCAGUGCAAAGCCCUAGAGCUUUGCUUCAAUGUUGCACUCAAUAGACUUCCUGCUUCCUCAUCUAACCCUAUAUUAGGUCCUCAUUCCCAACACCCUUCAAUCUCCAACGCUCUUGUGGCCGCCUUCAAACGAGCUCAAGCACAUCAGAGACGUGGUUCUAUUGAGAAUCAACAACAACCCCUCUUAGCUGUGAAAAUCGAGCUAGAACAGCUCAUAAUCUCUAUUUUAGAUGACCCUAGUGUGAGUAGAGUUAUGAGAGAAGCUGGGUUUUCUAGUACCCAAGUGAAAACUAAUGUAGAACAAGCUGUUUCUUUGGAACUUUGCUCUCAAACCCCUCCUCCAAGUAAUAAGUCCAAAGAAAAUAACCUCCUCGUCCUCUCUCCUUCUCCUUCCAUGGGUCAAAUUGGAGCAAAAGUGAGCAAACCAAAGUCAUCUGAUCAAGUUAGUAAUGAGGAUGUGAUGAGUGUAAUAGGAAAUUUGAUGAACAGGAGGAGGAAAAGUUUUGUGAUUGUUGGUGAAUGUCUUGAUAUUAUAGAAGGUGUGGUUGGAGUAGUGAUGGAUAGGAUUGAGAAAAGAGAUGUUUCUGAUCCUUUCAUGGAAGUGAAAUUUACAAGCCUUCCACUUCUUUCUCUAAAUCAUCUCUCAAGAGAAGAUGUUGACCAGAAGCUUGGAGAGUUAAGGUGUCUUGUGAAUAGCUGUGUGGACAAAGGGGUUGUUCUGUACUUGGGAGAUAUUAAAUGGGUUAUUGAUUACAGGGCUAACUGUGGUAGGCAAGAGAGAAGUUGCUACUGUCCUGUGGAGCACAUGAUCAUGGAGCUUGGAAGAAUGGUAUGUGGAUUGGGAGAGAAUGGGAGGUUCAGGCUCAUGGGAAUUGCAACUUUUCAAACCUACAUGAGGUGUAGAACUAGCCAUUAUUCACUUGAAGCUGUUUGGGGUGAUCUGCACCCAGUUACCAUUUCUGCUGAUAGUUUGGGCUUGAGCCUCAUCCCUGACAGUGACACACAAAGUGAGCCUAGAAGCAAAAAAAAAGGAAAUGGGCCUAGUUGGCUACUGUUUGAAGGUGAUCAUCAGGAGAAGCAGCUCGAUUGCUGUGCUGAUUGCUCAUCCAAGUUCGACAGUGAAGCUCGAAGCUUAUACACAACAUCAAGUCUGCCUUCAUGGCUCCAGGAUGAUAUCAGAAGACCCACUACUACUAGUAAUAGUAAUCAGUAUGGUGAAUCCAUUACAGAACUCUGCAAAAAAUGGAAUUCAAUCUGCAGUUCAGUCCACAAACAAUCAAUUUCCUCAGAUAUAACCCUAAACGUUUCUUCCAUAUCACCUUCUUCAUCUACUUCUUGCUUUUCCUAUGACCCACAGUACACUAACUUGGACCAGACCCAACAAGCUUGGCCAAUGUCUCAACCCAAACAGUCAUGGAGUGACCAUCAGUUUUGGCCAAUGUCUCAUCCCAAAAAUGCACUUUCCUCUAAACCUAAUUCUAUGCCCAAUUCGGCUUCUUCAAGCGAGAUUAUGGGGACAGAGUAUGUUCAAAAGUUCAAGGAGUUCAAUGCUGAGAACCUCAAUACCCUAUGCAAUGCAUUAGAGGAAAAGGUCCCAUGGCAGAAAUAUAUCAUUCCUGAAAUUGUUGGCACUAUACUACAGUGCAGGUCUGGAAUGCUUAGAAGGAAAGAGAAGCUUCAAUGUAAUGAGACCAAAGAAGAGACUUGGUUGCUUUUCCAAGGUGUUGAUACGCAAGCAAAAGAAAGGAUUUCUAGAGAAUUGGCUAAAGUCGUGUUUGGGUCGCAUUCAAACUUUGUAUCAAUCGCUCUCAGCAGCUUCUCAUCAACAAGGGCUGAUUCAACAGAAGAUUUCAGAAAAAGGUCAAGAAAUGAACAAAGUUGCACUUAUGUCGAGAGAUUUGCAGAAGCAGUGUCCUCUAAUCCUCAUCGAAUUUUCUUUGUUGAAGAUGUAGAGCAAGCAGAUUAUUGGUCACAAAUGGGACUUAAAAGGGCUAUUGAGAGAGGAAGAAUAACCAAUUCAAAUGGUGAAGAAGUAUGUCUUUCAGAUGCCAUUGUCAUUUUGAGCUGUGAAAGCUUUAGCUCUAGGUCAAGAGCUUGCUCUCCUCCUGUAAAGCAGAAAUCGGACAGGUCAGAAGAGGAUAAGGGUAAGGGUUUGGAAGAGACAAGCCCUUGUGUAUCUUUGGAUUUGAAUAUUUCAUUUGAGGAUGAUAGUGCUGAGCAUGAGUCAAUAGAUGAUAUAGGUCUUCUUGACUCUGUGGAUAGAUGCAUUAUGUUCAAAGUUCAGGAGUUGUGACAAUAGAGUACCUUCAAAUGAUUGUGUUAACACGAGGUUUUCUUCUUUCUUUUCAUUUUUCAAUUUUUUUGUCCAUUUUUUUUUCAUUUUUUUUU